AUGGGAAAGGAUCUCGAUGACGUGUCUGAGGGCGAAUGGAUUGCGUGGUUCAAGCAAGGUUACGACGUCGAUCCCCGGGCCCUGGACACCCUGAAGAAGCGGAUUAACGCUGCUGUUGUUUUUGAUAUGUCGAUCCCGGCCGCGGAUUCUCGGAUCGGACGAGUGGGUGAUCGGGAAGAGAGCCAGGCGAUCGUGAAGAUCAUCACGGACGCUGCCAAGCCUGCGUCGCUACACUGUGCCGUUACCGAGCAGAUGGCGUUGACGCGAAACAAGCCUUUGAAGAAGGAUGUGUACCGUUUCGUGCGCUGGUUGCGGGAAUAUGCGAUCGGACAUCGACAGCGAAGGGAUGGUGUGUGCAACGCCAGAGCUGGGAAAUGCGACGAUGGUCCGGAGCGUAUUGUCCUGGAAGCCAAGGUGGCCGAGGCGGCUUCCGCGGGCAUGCCAACAGCAGCUGUUGAGCAGCUCCGAAACGUAUUGAUGGAGUUCCGAGACGUGUUCCGGCUGAAGUUCGGGAGAGACCCGCCACUGAAAAUGGAACCGUUGAAGGUGCGCCUCAAGAAAGGGGUUGUGCCGAUCGCGCUGGGCCUCGGCCCCGAGGAUUGGGUAUUUGCAGCUGUCCUCACACCGGACUCCCAGGAGUAUUACUCCUUCAUGACUCCCGUAGGGGUUGUGACCCCGACCCGAGUCCUGAUGGGCCAGACCGAUGCGUUGGAUUAUUUGUUGGGGUAUGCCCAGACCACGGACGUGUUGUUGCACCUACUGCGUAAAGUGCUUGAGAUCUGCCAAGCCUACGGACUGAAGUUGCACCCGGGAAAGAUUUCGGCGGACGGCGUGGCGCAUGCUCCGGAACGGAUCCAGGACCUGUGUGAUUUGGGGCCGCCACAGGCGGCAGCGGAUCUCCAGCAGUUACUGUGCGCCACGAACUGGAUGAGGGGGAAUAUCCCGCAGUACACGGAGCUGGUAGCCCCGUUCAUGAAGCAGUUGGAUAUUGUGGCCAAAGCGGCCGACUCCCGGAAGAAGACGGCCUUGAUGCGUGUUGCGCUGAGUUCUGUCGGGUGGUCCGGGGACCACCUGGAGUGUUUCGACCGGUAUGGCCCCGUUGUCCCACCGGACCCAGACAAGAUGCGAGGGGUUCUGAGGAGCUGUUGCGACACAGAGGUCCCGGUCGAGGAUCUGGCCCUACCGGCGAGCGACCAGCGACAUGAACCAUUGGCGUUCCUAAGCGAAUCGUUCCGGGGAACGAGGGGGCGAUGGCCGAUUGUGGAGAACGAGGCGUUUGCAGUUGUCGAAUCGUGCAAGUGCCUGGAGUUUCUCCUGAUCCGCCCGGGAGGUUUCGGAUUGUUUACGGACCACCGGAACCUGGAGUAUAUAGUUAUCCCUCUAGGGUCGAACUCGAACAUGGCCAAGUACCAGACCCACAAGCUCCAGCGCUGGGCGCUGUCGAUGACGACGUUCCUGUACGUCGUGGAGUGUGUGGCCGGAGAGGAGAACCUUUGGGCGGAUCUCCUGAGCCGUUGGGAAAGUCCUCGUGGACCAGACCGGAGAUUUCCGGUGGAGUUCCGGAGUGCCCGGAUGUCCAGGCUGGCCCUGGUGUCCCUGUUACAGCACGAAGAUUUUGUGCGGCCGACGGCGAAUGCGAUCACGGAAUUGCAUCGCGGCCAUCCAACAUGUGAAAAAUACGCCUCCUGGAGCGCCGAGAAGAAGUGUUUUCUGACGGCAUCUGGAAAGAUUUGGAUCCCGGGAGAUGCAUUGGAUAUGCAAGUGCGUAUAUGUGUGGUGGCCCAUGCCGGCGUGGCGGGACACCGGAGAGUGGAAGCGACGACGGCAUCUGGACCCUUCCAAGUCGUGAAGGUGGUCUCCAACUACCUGGUAGAAGUCCAGCAGCUGGUGCCUCCGGGAGCGACGCCCCUGCACCAUGCGCGCGGGCUCCGCCUGUACUGUGAAGGCGGACGUGGAGUCAAUGAAGAUUUGAAGGCCCAAAUUGCGUUCGGCGAUGAAGGUUUUUACGUGGAAGACCUCCGGGACCUGCGUCUGCGAGAUGGGGUCUGGGAAGUCCUGAUCAAGUGGCUUGGCCUGGACGAUAUGGAGUCGUCCUGGGAACCGACCCUGUCGAUAUAA